AACUGUGAGAAAGACAUCGACGAGUGUGCACACAGUCCUCCUCCUUCUUGUGUCGCCAACUCCACCUGUUCUAACACCAACGGCAGCUACCUGUGUGUCUGCAACUCUGGCUAUCAAAAUAGUUCAGAUGGAAACUGUACAGAAUGUACCAACAACACCUAUGGCACUCAGUGCAGCAACCAGUGUCAGUGUGACAUUGCAACACUGUGUCCUGUCACCAUGUCACUGGCAACUGUACCUGUAAGCAAGGAUGGACAGAAUCACAUGUGAUACAGACAUCGAUGAGUGUGUGAAGAAUACACACAACUGCAGUGGUCAGAACGAGAUGUGUAACAACACUGCUGGCGGCUUUGACUGCGUGUGUGUGGACGGCUAUCAGAGGAGUGCAUCGGGCAUCUGCAUCGAAAUGACCAAGGUGAAUCUUACGAUGACCUUAGCUGUGAAUGUAAAUUACACUCAGCAUGAACUGGACAACACCUCAUCGCCGGCCUUCACUGACCUGUCUUAUGAGAUCAUUAAGGAGCUCUGGAAGAACUUAAAGAAUGUGGAGCACAAGAUUAAAAAAAUCGUAAUCAUUUCCAUACGUUUGGGAAGCGUCACAUUCGAGGCUGUAGUCAUCAUAGAUGACGUGUCAGAUGAAGAAGCCGUCAACCAAGUUGCUCCUGCCCUUCAGACCCUUGCUCAGACCAACUUUACCAUCUAUAAUGAAACGACGGAAGUCAGUUAUUACAUCGUCAAUGUCAUAGAAGGACCGAACGAGCGAUGUAACAGCACCGGAGGAACAAUCGAGUGUGUGUGUGAAGUCGGGUAUCAGUACAACGCCUCUAGGGUGUGUGUGGCCUGCGCGAAUGGAAACUUUGGGAAAAACUGUUCAUCUACCUGCACCUGCAUCACCAACAACACUGUCAACUGCAGCAACGUUGACGGCGCCUGCACGUGCAGAAGCGGGUGGACAGGAGGCAACUGUAGCGACGACAUCAAUGAGUGUACAACACACAGCUCCUCACCCUGUGUGGCCAACUCCACCUGUUACAACACCAACGGCAGCUACCUGUGUGUCUGCGACACUGGCUACCUAACACAUGCAGACGGCAAUUGCACAGAGUGUAUGAACAGCACCUAUGGCACUAACUGCAGCAGGCAGUGUCAGUGUAAUGUCACCAACACUGUGUCACCAUGUCACCAUGUCACUGGCAACUGCACCUGUAAACAAGGAUGGACAGGAUCCACCUGUAAUGAUGACCUGGAUGAAUGUUCAUCAAACACACAUAACUGUAGCGGGCCUCACCAGACGUGCAUCAACACUGUGGGUGGCUUUACCUGUGUGUGUGCUGAUGGCGUUAUUUUACUACAAUGCAUCCAUCGUGUGCGAGGCUUGUGCAGCGGAAGCAUUCGGGAGAAACUGUUCCUCCCCUUGCACCUGCGUCACCAACAACACUGCCAGCUGCAACAACGUUAACGGCAGCUGCACGUGUAACAGCGGGUGGAAUGGAACGAACUGUGAGAAAGACAUCAAUGAGUGUGAACAGCAUCCUCCACCUUGUGUGGCCAACUCUACCUGUUUUAACACCAAUGGCAGCUACCUGUGU